AUGGCUGAAGCGGAGUUAGAAACCUUUACCUCUAUCAUGGACGCGUUGGUUCGCAUUAGUUCCAACAUUAAGAGUAUGGAAAAGGAGCUGCAUUGCCCGGUGUGUGAUGAGAUGGUGAAGCAGCCCGUCCUUCUGCCGUGUCAGCACAGUGUUUGUCUGCUGUGUGCGGCUGAGGUGUUGGUACAAAGAGGUUAUCCUCCUCCAGACCUCUCUCCAGAGCCCAACUCACCGGCCUCCACACCCAACACUCGCUCCCCACGACAGGCUCGAAGACCCGCACCCAGGACCCCUGACCGCCUGGAACGGGUCCUCAGAACAGGUGUUCAUCUCCCUCCUUUACACCUCCGCCUCCUCUCAGUGUGCGGGACAUACCCAGGGCGGAGACGGAAGGACGCGGCCCCUCCCCCCAUGUUGUUCCCGUGUCCUUCCUGUCCGCAGGACGUGGAGCUCGGAGAGAAAGGCCUGACAGACUGCCUCCGCAACCUCACACUGGAGCGGAUUGUGGAGAGGUACAGGCACACAGUAAGUCUGGGCAGUGUAGCCAUCAUGUGUGGUUUCUGUAAGCCUCCCCAGUCUCUGGAGGCCUCUAAGGGCUGCGCUGAUUGCAAGUCCAACUUCUGCAACGAGUGUUUUAAACUCUACCACCCCUGGGGAACCCCUCGAGCUCAGCACGAACACAUCCUACCCACCAACAGCUUUCGACCGAAGGUCCUAACAUGCACAGAGCAUGAACAGGAGAGACUGCAGUGGUACUGCCGUAACUGCCAGAGGUUACUGUGCCCACUUUGUAAGCUCCGGCGUGUCCACCAUGGACACAAAGUGUUGCCUAUAGCACAGGCCUACCAGGCCCUCAAGGACAAGCUGACCAAGGAAGUCAACUUUGUCCUGGCCAACCAGGAGACAAUACAGAGUCAGAUCACUCAACUGGAAGCUGCCAUCAAACAGAUGGAGGCGAACAGCUCAGUGGCCCUGCAUCAGCUGACCCACUGUAUCCGAGAGCUGGGAGCGGCUGAAGCAGAGCGUCAGGGGGCUUUGGCUCUGGCCCUGGAGGGAUCCCGCAGCAGGAGGGAGGACGCCCUGUCUGCUCAGGUCUCAGAGAGGAGAGGCCUGCUCGAGCAUGCUGGCCUGAUGGCCUACACACAGGAGCUGCUGAAGGAGACCGAUCCACCCUGCUUCGUACAGGCUGCCAGAAUCACCCACAGCAGGCUUGUAAAGGCCAUAGAACACCUCCAGUGUUUCUCUCUCUCAGCUGAUCCUUCCUUUAAGCACUUUCACCUAGAUGCAUCCAAAGAGGUCAAGCUCAUUCACAGCUUGGAGUUCAUACAGGCCCCUCUGGCUCCGGUCAUUGACACCCAGAAGACACUUGCGUACGACCAGCUGUUUCUGUGCUGGCGCCUCCCUCAGGACUCGGCCCCAGCUUGGCACUUCUCUGUUGAAUACCAACGACGAGCAGGAGGAGCUGCAGCCACUUGGGGCGGCACCAGAUCUCCUAAUGCUGCAACAGCAUGGCUGCGUCUGGAUGAAGUGAGAGGAACCAACGCUGUGAUUAAUCGGCCGCAGACGGACAGUGUGUAUGUGCUCAGGGUGAGAGGCUGCAACAAGGCCGGGUUUGGAGAGUACAGUGAAGAGGUUUACCUCCACACUCCACCAGCACCUGUGUUGAGUUUCUCCUUGGACUCACGCUGGGGGUUGCAUGCCGACAGGCUGGCAUUGGGUAGAGGCCAAACCUACGCUCGCAGUGUGCCAGGCCUCUCCCUCCUGCAGGCUGCCGACCGCACUCUCACUUCUUGCCACCUGACUUCUGACCUGCUGGUGGCCGACUUGGCUGUCAGUCAAGGCCGACACUACUGGGCAUGCUCUGUGGAGCCUGGUUCCUACCUGGUAAAGGUGGGAGUAGGACAGGAAGCUAAGCUACAAGAGUGGUUUCAUCUGCCCCAGGACAUGGCCAGCCCUCGCUGCGACCCAGACAGCGGCCAUGACAGUGGUGCAGAGGACGGCCAAGACUCUCCUCCCUUCUGCUUCCUCACAAUAGGCAUGGGCAAGAUCCUGCUUCCUCAAGGACAUGGUCACACUCAGAACCAGGGGGACUGCCAGAGCCAGGGGGGAGUACACUCCCACGGUAGCAGCCAUAGUAACCUGCCUCACCCUCAUACUGCUCCUCUGCCACCCCGACUGGGAGUGUGUCUGGACUGUGACAAAGGACAUGUCACCUUCUAUGAUGCCCACUCAUUGCGGAUCCUUUGGGAGGGACACAUGGACUGUUCAGCUCCGGUGUGUCCGGCCUUCUGCUUCAUCGGUGGAGGGGCCCUGCAGCUGCAGGACCUUGUGGCCAAUCGGAACAUCGAGGAGCCGUCGCCACGCAGGGUAACUAUCCAAACGCGUGCAACAAAUCUCAGCAAAUAAAUUGUGGUGAGACAGUUUAAGGGGCAUAGUUCAU